AUGCAGUACCAAUCUGCCUCGUGCAUGUAUUCAAACAAUAAAUUCUCGAGCGAAUCUAUUUGGAUGACUGGUGCUCAAAUAUCAACGGCAGAUGGUUAUCAGUUCGGUCCGACAGACAAGCAGCCUUUGAGGGAGAAGAAUAAGAAGAAUUUCUCUUGCAAACACGUGCCUCACAAAGAGAAACCUCCUCAGGUUGUUGCGAGGAGGAACGCGAGAGAAAGAAGACGAGUCCAAGCUGUCAACACGGCUUUUGUUAGACUGAGAAAGGCCAUUCCCUACCAGAAUUCGAGGGGGAAGAGAGUGAGUAAAGUCAAAACAUUACAGAACGCCAUCAGAUAUAUACAAGAGUUGACUAUUAUAUUACAGGAGGAUCAAUUUUACCACCCCUUCGAAUAUGAUGAUAGACAUCCUGCUUCCAGAUGUAAGAGUAUUAUUGACAGUCCAUAA